UUAUAAUAAUAAUAAUUGUAUGAAAUGUCAUAUUUAAGUAACCUAUUUUUUGUUGAUUGUUUUAGUGUUUUAUAUAAUUCAAAAUUUAUUUCCAGGUAGAAAACCUCAAUAUAUGACAUCAGGUCUAAAGGAAAUUAGAUUUUGAUUUAUGAUGGCACUUUAACAGCUGUUUUUGUGAACCAAUUAGGUCAUAAAAUCACCUAGUGUAUAAAUGAAUAUAUAAAAUGAAAACCAGAAUUUAUAUCAUUGGUUGGAGGUGAAUGUCAAAAUGAGGAUUUUGAAUCUUGGAAAACCGGUGGACGUUCCUAAAUUAAAUGAAUCUAUGGCAAUAGAACUUGGUGCCGAAUUAUUAGGUGAAACUAUCAUAUUUGGAAUUGCAGCUCUAACAAUAGUAGCAGAAUAUAUCAGGCAAUCAUUAAAAGAGAAAGAUAAAGAAUUUAAGCAAGAGACUAGACUGAGAAAUAUAGAAACUAAUAUGAAAAGAUUACAAGAAGUAGUUCAUGAUCAAAAUAUUUUAAUAGUGGAAUUAAAGCAAUUAAGCGAACAGCAGAAAUUUUCAUUAAGUAAUUUAAUGAAUAAAAUGAAAAAAGAAACAAAAUCAAAAAGUGAAGCUUUAUUAAAAAAAGAAAACUCAACAAAACUAAAUCCUAAAAAUGUUAAUUUAAUUGAUUGUGUUACAGAAGAUGUGAAGAAAAAUUUCGGAUUAUGUCCCUUGGACAAAAUAAAGGAUGAAAAUUAUUCUUGUCUUAUCUGCAAGAAAUAUGGAUUUAAAACAAAAACUUUGCAUCCUAAAAAAGAGGACAAAAUAGAGAAAAUUCUAAAAAUGCCAACCAGUCGCCUACAGUUGGCUUUAUUUGAUGCUGUCAAAGCUAUCAGAGGACCUAAAAAAGAAAGCAGAGCCAUUUCUGCAAUACCGGAAGCUAAGAAAACAGUUCAGAGUUCUUCCAGAUCUAUAAUUCAGGAUGCAAUAUUAGAUGCUUCCAAAUUAAUAACUGGGGAUGAAAAAAAUGGUAGCAAGUUGAAUAAAAAAUUUUCAUAUCCUGUUCAUUACGUAGAAUUAGAUUUAAUUACAGAAAAUAAUCCUUUACAAAAUGCCAUUGAAGAUGCUUUAGAUGUCUUAUUUGGUGAAGUGCACUUGCCAGUGUAUAAUAUACCUAAAAAAAUAGAUAAUUCUGUUAAAACCGAAAGUAAAUAUAAAAUAGAAAAUUAUUAUCAAUCCAAUAUCUUCCAUGAUGCAUUAGAUGAAGCUGUUGAAUAUAUAAUUAGAGAAGAAUGAACUGUAUUAUGAACUUGCAGUUGUGAUUUUGAUCAAAUCACCAUAUUUAUUACAGACAUUUUUUUUUUUUUUUUUUUAUAAAUUCUUGACAAUAGAAUAAAUUCCAUACUUGUAAUUAUACAUGUACAUGUGAUGAUUAUUUAUGCUUAUGUAUUUUUAAUGUUGCUGCACAAGUAGCAUGAAAUGAAAAAUUAAAAGUUAAUAAUGAAUAAUUUGAAGUAAUUUUUAUUUAACAAUUUCUAGUUUUUCACAAAUAAACUUAUUAGAAAAGAAAACAUGCAUUGUUGAAUGCUUAAAACAUUUUGGGACUGUUCAUUUUAAAGUUUAAUUUAUUCAAAAAAAUUUGAAAGGAUUAAGCUUAAAAAUGGAUAAGUAGUUAAAAAUAUUUGAUUCUAUGAUACAAAAUGUUUUAUAAAUUUUAACAUUCAAAAUACAGUGUCUUCCAAAAAGAACAUUCCAUUUUAAAUUAUUGUAAUUAUGUUAAUUAUCAUCUGAAAAUAGUGUAAUGUACAGUACAUUGGAAAACUGAUCAACUUUCAUAUUUGCCCAUUAAUUUCUUGAUGCAUGUACCUUGUGUCAUAUGGCACACAUCCAACAAAUACUGAAAUUCUUCUAUGCUUGCCUUAGUAUAUCCAUGUCACUUUUCCCACAUUUAGCCACAAUUCUAUGGCUCCUACAAAUUAAUUCAUGUUGCAUGGUGAGGAAUGUUCAUGACUUUUCAAACUGCAGAAUACAAAAUGCUUUCUCUGUUGAAUUGCCAUUUUCAUUUACUGUGCUUUCUCGAGGGAAUAGAUGAAUGCAGAUGGAAAAUGAAACUUUGAUAGUUACUAUAUCAAUGGGUUUAUAUUGCAAACUUCUUGGAUAAUAAUUAACAUAAUUAUAAUAAUUUAAAAUGGUAGCAUUCGUUUUGAAAGACUGUAUAUUGACUUACUAAAUUUUUUUAGUUUAAACAGUUUGUCUCUAAUUUAAUUGUUUAGUAAUUUGUAGAAAUGAAUUGUUUGGUUCGAGAAUAUAAUAAAUUACAUAACUGCAUGACAGUUUUAUGUUCUUACUUCAAAUUAUUCUUUGUUUAUAAAUUUCUUAAAUGUACAAAUGCAUACAUGAACAAACUAGUCAUUUACUUAUAAAUAAAAUGUUAUGUUUAUUUAAGUUGAUUUAUUGAUUUAUAUUAAAAAAUAUACAGGAUGUAUCAGGAGGAAACAUAAAUACUUGGGGAAAUGAA